AUGAAGCUGCUGCUGCUGUUUCUGGGUCUGGGUCUAGUCUGCGCUCAAAAAGAAGAAAAGGACAAUGUCGUGAAAAGCAACUUCGAUAUGGCAAAGGCUUCAGGAAAAUGGUAUUCUAUUCUCCUGUCCUCAGAUCAGAAGGAAAAGAUAGAAGAAAAUGGUUCCAUGAGAGUUUUUGUGGAAUUUAUGCAAGUCUUGGACAGUUCUUCUCUGUUCUUUAAAUUCCAUACAAUAAAUCCUGAAAUGUGCUCUGUUUUCUCCAUAGAUGAUGGAAAUAAUAAAUUUAAAGCAUUGGAAGCAGAUUAUAAUAAGUAUAUUAUAUUUCAUCUCAUAAAUGACAAUGAUGGGAACCCAUUCCAGCUGAUGGAACUCUAUGGCCGAGAUGAAGACAUAAGCUCAGAAAUAAAAGAAAAAUUUGUGGAAUAUUGCAAACAAUAUGGAAUUCCUGAGGAAAACAUAAUUGACUUGACCAAAGUUGCUCGAGCCGUCAUGCUGUUCGCUCUGAUUCCCAUCACAACCAUUUGGUCAGCAAUGUCCAAGCUCAUUAAGGGCUCCUCUUACGGAAAGGUGUUCGUCAUCCUGCAGUUGUCGCUGGCUCUGACUGGGGUGGUGACGUCUGUGCUGUAUAACGAGAUCUAUCAGCUCUCCAUGGAAAAGUUUGCUGGCCCUUGUUUUAUUCUCUCCUCCUUCCUCUCCUUCCUGGCCAUUGUCCCUAUUGGGUAA